AUGACCAUCGAGACUCACCCACAAGAACAAUCUCAAGAACACAAAACACCACCCUGGAACAACCGCGUCCUCGAAAAGCGAGCCACCCAGCUAACCCUGAUCCCCUCAGCUUGGCGCCUCCCAGCACCGCUCCUCGCAAACCCACCAGCAUCAAGCAUAGACACUAUCCGCGCAAGUGGCAUCCUCUCCGGCGACGAGCUAGCAUGGACCGAGACAGCAGAUAUCCGCGACCUCGUCGAGUUGAUCAAAUGCCGGCGCGUGACGAGCGAGGCGUUGACAGCGGCGUUUUGUAAACGCGCUGCUAUCGCACAGCAGGUUACUAAAUGCUUGACGGAGAUCUUUUUCGAUAAGGCUCUUCAGCGUGCCAGGGAACUUGAUGAUUAUCUGAUGCGUACCGGUGAGGUUGUUGGGCCUUUGCAUGGGAUCCCGGUUUCUGUGAAGGAUCGCUUUGAUGUUGAGGGAUUUGAUACUACUGUCGGUUGGGUGGGCCUGACCAAUAAACCCGCUAAAUCCAACAGUUCAAUCGUGCAGCUACUCGAGUCGAUGGGUGCAGUGCUCUAUGUCAAGACCAACGUGCCACAAUCUCUAAUGAUGUCCGACUCGUUCAACCAUGUUUUCGGCCAAUCCGUAAACGCCUUCAACCACGCCCUAAUCUCAGGCGGUAGCUCCGGGGGCGAAGGCGCCCUUCUUGGUUCCCGAGGCAGCGUCCUGGGCAUCGGGACUGACAUCGGCGGUUCCAUCCGAGUCCCUUCUAAUCUACAGGGUCUCUACUCUAUAUCUCCGACGACGGGACGAGUGCCGUGGGACUGCUCUUUCUCACACCAGCACUACCUCAUCCCACCCGUUGCCGGUCCAAUGGCUACAUCGCUCGCUACGACAGAGUACUUCAUGGAGAGUCUCCUUUCAUCCAGUCCAUGGAAUGUAGAUCCAAACGUGGUUCCUAUCCCCUGGCGAAAGGAGCUCGCGAACCCGCCGGCAAAUCGUAAAUUGAGACUUGGUGUUGUAUUCGAUGACGGCGUCGUUAAGCCGCAGCCGCCUGUUGCAAGGGCGAUGCGCGAGACGGUCUACACAUUGCGAGCCGCUGGCCACGAAGUAAUCGAAUGGGAUACCUCCCUCCACAUCGCCAUCACCAAUCUCUGGACAAAAGGCAUUCUCGCCGAUGGCGGUCAGCAUUGUCGCUCUCUCUGUAAGAUAGUUGAUGAGCCUUUGAUUGAAGGCAUGGUUGUCGGCAAAGAGACCGAUCUCCUUUCACAUGAGGAGCGAGAGCAGUUCGAAGGAACGAAACUCACCCUCCAAACCGCCUUCCUGAAGCAAUGGGUUUCAUCAGAAAUAGACGCCCUCCUCAUGCCCGUCCUCCCGUGGGUUGGCUACAAGCCCAAGACGUGGGUGAAGAGCAAGCAGUGGCUGGGCUAUACGGCUAUGUGGAAUCUGCUGGACUACGCGGGUGUUACUGUUCCUGUGGCGAGGGCGGAUCGUGAUCUUGAUUCUGUUGGUAGCGGGUGUAAUCCUGAAUGGGAGGGACAUUCCAUUAGGAAUGAGUCGGAUGCUUUUAACUAUUUACAGUAUGAUGCCGAUAUUGUACAUGGGAUGCCUAUCUGUGUGCAGAUUGUUGGGGGCCGAUUUGGAGAGGAAAAGGCCGUAGCGGUUGGGAAGGUCGUUGAUGAGUUGAUGAAUCGGAUUCCGUUUCAUCCAUGA